AUGUCUGAUCCUCGUAAUUACACCAUCGGCUGGAUCUGUGCCAUCCCCACGGAUUUUGCUGCUGCCCGUGCUUUUCUCGACGAACAACAUCCCGAACCCGGAGCGAUCGCGCAUAAUGAUAACAACACUUAUGCUCUCGGUGCAAUGGGCAAGCACAACGUUGUAAUCGCCGUCAUGCCUAACACGGAGUGUAGACUAGCAGCAGCCGCUGUAGUGGCCAGACACAUGGUCCACAGCUUCCCGAACGUCCGUAUCGGCUUGAUGGUCGGUGUCGCUGGUGGCGCUCCCAGCCAAAAACACGAUAUUCGCCUGGGUGAUGUUGUUGUCGGCAGUUGCAGGUCUGGAAAUGGCGGCGUCAUACAAUAUGACUACGGAAAAUUAAAGCAAAACCGAGGGUUUGUGGAAACCGGUUUUUUAAACCAGCCACCGCCAGUAUUGUUGAACGCAGUCGCCAGACUUGAGACGGACCACAUGAUGGAGGGCCCUGGACUCAAUGUCAAGGUGGAAAGGGCCUUGGGUCGAUGGGAGCAACUACGAAAGACACACUCUCGCCCAUCUGCGAUCACAGACCAACUCUACAAGUCCGACUUUGUACACCCGGACUCAUCCGCAGCUUGCUCCCAAGAGUGUUCUGCCAUCGUCUCCAACAUGGUCUCUCGACGCGAGCGGGGCAAAGACGAACACAACCCCGCCAUACAUUACGGAACGAUUGCUUCUGCAAACCAGCCGAUGAAAGAUGCCCGGACACGGGACAGGCUUUCGAGGGAACGGGGCGUCUUAUGCUUUGAGACGGAAGCCGCUGGGCUGAUGAACCACUUCCCCUGUCUUGUUGUGCGGGGUAUAUGUGACUAUUCUGACUCCCAUACGAACAAGAAGUGGCAGGGUUUUGCAGCCAUGGCAGCUGCAGCGUAUGCAAAGGAUCUACUUCGCCUAAUCCAUCCUAGUAAUCUUCAAGCCGAAAAGAAGAUGAAAGAAACCCUAGAACAUAUGAAUGGAUCAUUGUCUUCCAUCAAGUCAACUUUACUCGAAAUCGAAACUCAAAUGGAUACUAUGAGUUCCAACAGCCACAUCCAGAAACUCAGACAGUGGCUUUCGCCCCCUGACACAUCCAGUAAUUACAACAUCGCAAGAGAAAGCCGACACGAUGGAACCGGGUUAUGGUUUCUUGAGAGUGCUGCGUUUAGAGAAUGGGUGCAUGGAUCUCGUAAGCACCUGUGGCUCCAUGGGAUACCUGGCAGCGGCAAAACCGUCCUCGUCACCACUGUCCUUGAUCGUUUGGCUCUGAUGGAUGACCUGGUUACGCUCCAAUUUUUCUUCGACUUUAGCGACGCAAGCAAACAGAAGCCGGAAGACAUGUACCGGUCACUCGCCUUCCAGUUCUACACCAAGCGCAUCGAAUCAAGAAAGGAGCUCGAUAGUCUAAUGGCGUCUCAUGCCGAUGGUCGAAGACAACCGGCGGCGCAGGCCCUUUUCCAAUGCCUUCAGGCGAUGAUGCAGGCUAAAGGUAGACUUUGCAUCGUGCUCGAUGCUCUAGACGAGUGUACCAAGAGAUCCGACUUACUCAGGUGGAUCCAAAGCGUCAUUUCCAGCCCCAGUCAUCCCCAUGUCCAGCUUAUUGCUACGGGUCGGCCAGAAAAAGAAUUUAUGCGCGACUUUCGCAGUUGGAUUGGCGAGAGUUGUGUCCCACUUGAUGUCAAGUCUACACGCAUGGAUAUACAGUCCUACAUCAGUAACAGACUCACAACAAGCAAAGAGUUCAGCAAGUGGGCAUCAACGCCGUAUAUACUGCAACAUAUUCAGAAGGAAUUAGAAGUCAAAGCACAAGGGAUGUUCAGGUGGGCGGCAUGCCAGCUAGACAGGCUGGAGACAUGUCCUGACCGGGGACAGCUCGAAGCCGCCAUGGAAUCUCUACCGUCAGAUUUGAAUGCGACCUACGCCCGUAUUCUCCAGAGCAUCCCGCAGAGACGGCGGAAGAAGACAGUUCGACUACUGCAAUUUCUCGUUUACUCCGAGCGGCCUCUGACUCUUCGAGAGUGCGUAGAUUUGAUGGCUAUUCGCGUCGACGGGAGACGAUCCUUCGAUCCAGGAGACCGAAUGCCUGACCCUAUGGACAUUACCAGAUUUUGCCCAAGCAUGGUUGUUCUAACAGAGACUCCGGACGCUGCUUGGGGAGACUACUUGGUACAACUGGCUCAUUUCACAGUCCAGCAAUACCUGUUACAUCACUACGUCGAAGGGUUCCGGGGGGCCGAACCCAGAAUCAGCAUUACAGAGACAUGCCUGUUCUAUCUCGCAAGCGUAGAAGAGAUGGAGGUGGCCGAAAUGAGAAGGCUGUUUCCUCUGGCGACAUAUGCGGCAAACAACUGGAUGAACCAUGCUAGGUUGGCCGAAAGCUCAAACGGCACGGCAGCAGCAAUCGCGAGCUUCCUGCAAAGCGGAAAACGACGACGGGUAUGGCUUCAGCUAUGUCAUAGUAGUCGGCGAGACUUUGAUCCGAGAUCCGCCAUCGCGCCUGGGUUGUACUACGCGUGUCUCAUGGGGCUCACGGCAACCGUAAGAAUCCUGCUGUCAGACCGGCCAAACGUCAAUGCCACGAGCGACGUGAGGUACUGCACUGCCUUGCAAGCCGCUUCAAUAGGGGGUCACCGAGAGAUUGUUCAAUUGCUCCUCGAUGCAGGAGCAAACGUUGACGCCAUAGGUGGCGAAUGCAACACUGCUCUCCAAGCCGCUUCAAUAGGGGGCCACCGAGAGAUUGUUCAGUUGCUCCUCAACGCAGGAGCAAAUGGUAGCGCUCUUUGUGCAGCCUCGUCGAAUGGCCACCAAGAGGUUGUUCAGAUGCUUCUCGGCGACGGAUCAAGCGUCAACGGUAUAGCUGGCACAUACAGCACUGCUCCCAAAGCUGCUUCAUCUGCAGGCCACCAAGAAGCCGUUCAGAUGUUGCUCACAUGUAGCUGUCCGAGGCAGUCAUCGUAUGAGGUAACGGUGGGGCAUCAAGAGGACAAUUGCGAAUACCAUUCGAAUCUGCCACGUCUCUCCCAACUGGUCUCCCUAAAGCACCGUCUGGGAGACUUCGGACUAGAUACCGUUUCGUCCGGGUGGCUCCCGCUGCCACGACGCCGACACCUCCGCCAGGAUUCCGUUAUAGGCCUUGACAUUAGCAACCGAGAAAGCUUCGACGCUAGAGAUGGCGAAUAG